UGGUUCGGCGGGUCGGUGGUGACCAUCCGCAAAUUCGGAAGAUGGUUCACUUUUGAAUAUAAAUAUAUGGCGGGUGCCGUGCUUGGCAACCCGUCCGUUUCUUCAAACCACAUCGCAAACCAUCGCCUUUAUUUACUACACAGCCAAAUAAUCAUAUUCAUUUUACUCAUACCCAUAUUACCAUGGCCGAACCUUACGACGCUAUCGUUGCAGGUGCAGGUCCUAUCGGGCUCUUCAUAGCCUGCGAAUUGGCACGAGCCAAAGCCUCCGUACUUGUCCUAGAGCGCGAUACUGACCCUCAUUCACCAUGGAAAGGAGAACGCUUAGGUCUUCGUGGUUUGAACACGGCAUCCACCGAAGCUUUUUACCGACGUGGAUUACUCGAUAAGGUGGUCGGCAGCGAUGUCAAACCAUCCGACAUCCUCAAAAUGCCAGCCGGUUUCAAGUUCGGCGGCCACUUCGCCGGUUUACUCCUAGACCGCGAGAAGUUCGACAUCAGCCGUUGGAAAUAUCGAAUCCCGGGACACGGAUUAGAUCCUUGCACCACAUACAUGGCCAAGGUCGAAGCCGCUUUAACGGGGCAUGCCGAAAGUCUUGGUGCAACCAUACUAAGAGGAAAAGGUGUUACAGGUGUUUCGCAAGAUGAUAACGGCAUUACGGUGGAAGCAGGAGGCGAGACUUACCGUACCAAGUGGCUAGUAGGAUGCGAUGGUGGACGCAGCACCGUCCGAAAAGCCGCGGGCUUCGCAUUUGAGGGUUCAGAGCCUGAAUGCACCGGUUAUGGUAUCAAACUCGAAUUCGACGACCCAGAUAAACUACACGACUGGUUCACAGUUACCAAGACAGGCAUGUAUGUCCGAGCAGGCAGCAAGGACAGAAUUCAUUUACUAGAUUUCGACGGCGGAGCUUUCCAUCGCAGUGGGGAGAUCACAAUAGAGCACAUCCAAAAGGUUCUGGCCCGUGUGACAGAAACUGAUGCCAAGGUCGUGAAGCUUGAAACCGCCACCACAUUUACCGAUCGAUGCAAGCAGGCCACGACAUAUCGAAAGGGUCGUAUCCUCCUAGCCGGCGACGCAGCACACAUUCACUCGCCUCUUGGAGCACAAGGCCUGAACCUAGGAUUAGGAGACGCCAUCAAUCUCGGCUGGAAACUAGCCGCAACAAUCCAAGCCUCGAAAACCAACCCGGGACCAGUAGACUUCACUCUCCUCGACACAUACGAGAAAGAACGACACCCAAUUGGAAACGGAGUACUCGAGUGGUCACGAGCCCAAGUCGCAACCCUAAAACCCGGUCUAACCGCCCUCGCCCUCCGUAAACUCAUAACCUCCGUAAUCGACACAAAGGACGGCACCAAUCUUUUCGUGGACCGUGUCUGGGGUCUAUCGCAACGCUACGAGAUCGGCGACAUGAAGCAUGAUCUCCUCGGAUACAGCGCCCCCGACUUUGAAUUUAACGACGGAGCAAGAUUAGGUUCCAAACUGGAAGGAGGACAAGGUCUACUAGUCGACUUCAGCAACAACGCGACUCUUAAAGAACUAGUCGACAAGUACAAGUCCGUUGAUUACGUCGGCGUAAGGGCCAAGGAUGAGCUCGGUCUUCGCGCCUUGCUAGUUCGCCCCGAUGGUGUCGUCGCUUGGGUGACCGAUGGAGAACCGGAUGUGGAGGCGGCCAAGACCGCUCUGCAGACUUGGUUUGGAAUUACCUCGUAAUAUGGACAGGCCGUAUUACGACACUGAUGAAUCUGUAUUUACUUAUACCCAUUGUAAAGUUGGCGAUAGAUCAGUCCCGCAUUUCGAAGGGGAUUUUUAGAUAAGCUCUACUCUGUAAUAUAUAGGACAAAACCCAAAUUUGAACAAAACACAUUACAAAUGGAC